AUGUUGAAGAGCUUUUUCGCAAGGCCAAUUGGGCGUGCUUUGCGAAGAGGUGUGCGCAACUUAGGAGGCAUUGAACUGCGUCCGUACCAACAAGAAUGCAUAGAUACUGUUCUCGAUCGGUUGAAUUUCCAGCGGCGAGCCGCGAUCAGUCUACCGACUGGCAGUGGUAAAACGGUUGUGUUCAGCAAGCUGGUAUCACUUGUCGAUCCACUUCCUGAGCAGGGGCCAAAGACAUUGAUCCUCACAAACCGACGUGAGCUCUGCUACCAGACUGCACACACUCUCCAGGCAAUGUAUCCAAAUAUGAAGGUUGCUCUUGAAAUUGGCACUAAACGCUUUGAGGAUCAGCGAAGUGCAGAGGUUUGUGUCGCUUCGGUCGCCAGCAUUUCGCGAGACAACCGCCUCGAACAAUUCACCCCGAGCGAUUUCAAAAUGAUCAUUAUUGAUGAAGCCCACCACACCGCUGCAGCCACCUACAAAAAGGUGCUGGAUUACUUUGGCGUCAAUAAGCCAGACUGCAAUAUUUAUUUGGUAGGCUUUUCAGCCACUUUUUUCCGCCAUGACGCGAGACCAUUGGACGGCUAUUUUGAUGACGUCUUUUACCAUCGUCAAGUCCAAUCAAUGAUAGAGUCUGGUCAUUUAUGUCGUGCUCAAGUUACUAAUGUUAAAGCAUUUGGCGGCGGGUUACUCGGAGCAGAGAAAAUCAGAGGCGAAAACCAUGUGCUGAAGUCUGAUGAAGGUAUCGAGCUGGUCGUGAGCUUGUGGAAAGAGCACUCAAAUUACAAGUCCACCGUCAUUUUCACAAUGGACAUAGAUCAAGCAGACAGAUUAGUGGCACGGUUCCGGGAAGAUGGUGUUGACUGCAGAGGUGUGCAUGGGAACAUGCGCAGUGCAGAGCGUGAUCUGGUAAUAUCCGAUUUCAAGCAACAAAAAUUUCCUAUCAUUGUUAACUGCGGAAUUCUUACUGAAGGUACUGAUAUCCCUUGUAUCGAUCAAAUCAUUUUGGCUCGACCAAUUGCAUCAAUAGGGCUAGCAAUGCAGAUGAUCGGUCGUGGGUUGAGAGUGUUCCCGGGGAAAGAUCACUGCCACGUGAUUCAAUUCAUUGAGCUCACGAAUUACUCCGGUCCUACCGACCUGUCCCCAAUACUUGCCGGAAAAGAGCCCAGGACAGUUGGUAGCGAUGCCGAAAUUGGCGAGAACACUCUCCCACCGGGGGAGACUGCUGCUAUAAAGGAUAUUGAACUUGAGCAUCACGUGGACUACAGCAUUAAUGAUAUCUUCACUGCCAAGUACAAACCAAAAUCUCCUCGAGAAAGUCCAUUGAGCUGGAUUUUUCAUCAAAAGCGAUGGUAUUUGUUUGGGCCCCCAUCCCAGCCAUAUCACUUCAGAGUGGUUCAGAAAAAAUCCCGACAAACUGAUGAACCUGUCUGGACCUGUCAACAGGGAUACAAAAUUCCUAUCAAAGGUAAACAAUUUAAAGUUUGGAAAUACCUUGACAAGUUCGAAACCAAGGAACUUAAAUCCGCUAUCCAGGCAACUGAGCAGCUGGCUGAAAACAGUUGGGGCAGAGACGCCCUUGUUUACCUUUCCAAGCAUGCAUUAUGGCGGGGUCUUCCACCAACCCCAAAACAAUUGCAGCUACUUCAAAGGGACAAGAGCUUUCAGGUGAUUCAAGAGCUGUGUCCGAAACUCAAUCGAGGUACGGCAACCACUCUUAUCAACUUUAAAAUAUUAAACUAUAACUUGAAUCCCGGGCUAAUACGGGCAGCCACGUAG